ACAUAAAUUUUAAUGCCUUAUAAUUUUGAUUAAUAUAUACUUAAAAAUUUAAUAUAAAAAUUUGAAUUUCAAAAUGUUUUCAAAACUUUUGUGCACCGAUGUUCUUGCCAUUCGAUGUAUUGAUAAUUUAAUUUUCGUAGGUGUGGGAUGCUCAUUAUACAUUUUUAAUGUUAAUACUUACAAGUUAGAAAAAAAAAUAAACUGUCUUUACCCAUAUAAUAUACAUGGGAUUAUUGAAGGUCCUGAUAAUAAAUUAACUGUGUUUGGUGCUAAUUAUUUUUGUACAUAUAAGAUUUAUUAUGAACAAGAAACAUUGAUAAUUAAAGAAGAUUUAAAUAAAAAAGAACUCAAUGAUUGGAUAAUAACAGUAAAAUGGUUAUUAUACGAUGGAUAUAAUUAUUUAUGUGUUCUUUUAGCACAUAAUAAUGUUUGUAUUUAUGACAUAUUUAACAAAUGUUGUCAAAAUACAUGGUGUGAAGAAAAAUGUAUUUUGAUUUAUAUUGAAUAAUGAUAAAAAUCUAAUUAUUUUUAGUGGAACUGUAUAUCAGGAAAUUUUAAUAUGGGAAGUAAAUUAUGCUUAUCAUAUUGAAACAUCACCAGUCUUACAUCGUUUACAAGGACACAAUG